AUGUUUAUCAUCAACUGGUUCUGGGACACCUUGGCCCAACUCGGUCAGUAGCAUCCACCCAUUCUACUGUGGGCGAACCCCAACUGACUCGGGACGCGUUGCGUGCGACCUCGUUCCCCUUCUCGACCCUUCACCCUGCUGCUGCACCUCUACGUUCAUCCUUCCAGGCCUUGUCAACAAGGUCAGUCAAUCGCUGCUACAGCGUGUGCGAUCGGCCUUGUGGAGCCCAGCACCCAUCCCUGGCCGGUCCAGUUCGAACGCCACUCGAUGUUUCCUUUCACGCGCCCAGACGGGAUCGUCAUUUCAGACACUGACGACGAACCGAUCUGCCACCUGCCACCUGCCACCUGCCACCUGCCACCCCUCUCCCCUCCCUCCACCUUGUCCCACAUUACCACCUUUCACCCCCUACAGAACGCCAAGAUCUUGUUCCUCGGACUCGACAAUGCCGGAAAAACGGUACGUGCUCCCCCUCCGCCGCGCAACGCUCGCCGCUUCUCGUCGGUCAGCAGAGGAACACGUCAGACCGCUUUCGCCGAGCUUCUUCACCUUGCCCCACCCCUGACCCUCGCCGGACAUCCCGCGACACAUUGCUCAUCCACUUGGAACCUUCUCGUGCUCAAACAGACACUUUUGCACAUGCUCAAGAACGACCGAUUGGCCACACUGCAACCGACCCUCCACCCUAGUCAGUCCUAACCUCGCUAGACGCGCGCCUGCCAACUCGAUUGCUAAACCGACCCGCUCUUGCCCGACCACAGCCUCGGAAGAACUAGCUAUCGGUAACGUCAAGUUCACCACCUACGAUCUCGGAGGGCAUCAACAAGGUGCGUACCCUGGAACCCCAUCCCCGUUCCGCCGAAGCUGACAGGGACCCUUCGCGCUUCCCCGACCCACAGCUCGCCGAUUGUGGAAAGACUACUUCCCCGAAGUCGACGGCAUCGUCUUCCUCGUCGACUCGGUCGACGCCGAACGCUUCCACGAAUCCAAAGCCGAGCUCGACGCACUGUUGGCGAUCGAAGAGUUGUCCAAGGUACCGUUCUUGAUCCUCGGCAACAAGAUUGACGCGCAGGGGGCCGUCUCGGAGGAAGAGUUGAGGUAUGCUUUGGGCAUGCAUGCGACCACGGGCAAGGUCAGUAAAGCCUUUUUCUUUCUUUCUUUUUUCGGCGUGCUAGUCGCGGCUCGGGAAGUUGACAUUUCUUCGGGGGCGCUUCCUUCGGUUAGGGUAAGAUCCCGCUCGGCGAGAUGAGGCCGAUCGAGGUGUUCAUGUGUUCGGUCGUGAUGCGUCAAGGUUACGGUGAAGGUAAGUCUUGCUUUGGCAGAGGGAGGGGGGGGCAAAGUCUGUUCCUUGUGCGCGCCGAGGCUGAUCGAGGACGAAUGGGGCUCCCAUCUUUCGUUCAGGUUUCCGUUGGUUGGCGCAGUACUGCUAA